UGCUGCCCAGAUUUUUAUGCUGCAUUUAGCUGGUUUGGAAGGCAUACAUUGCCUAAAAUAGACUUUAAAAAGGGUCAAUUUGACCCUCAACAUAACAGGAGUGUUAAGGAGGCGCAUUUCCAAUCUGUUAACAAUCCUUUAAAAAAAAAAAUCGAGUUUUACCCAUCCUCAGUCUUCACACUGAUAACGUAACAUGCAAACCUUAAAAACCCUCUCCGUGGUCCCUCAGGUUUGCAAGUCAUUUACGCAGAGACAUAUUUCAUGAUUUCACACUAAGUCAUGUCAAACCAGGUGUUUUAAGAAAAUAUGCAUAAAAGAAAAAUUGCACUGUGGAUGUAUUUGAAUGUUGUCAGUCCUUAAAAUAUGCUCUACACUGGCUCUGAAGUCUGUUUUGUGCCGGAUGGUGUUUAACUCUUGCCUCAGAGCAAUAUCAUUUAGCAAGCUAUCAUAACAUGUCUGGAAAUAAAAUAUCGGCUAAAGGCAAAUCAACAUCUGACGCGCUCUGCGUUCAGACUCGCAAGAACCCUGAUGGCCCCCAUCCGGAGGGACUGCGCUAACCAAACGACCAUCCCCGGUUUCCAGCUCCCCUAGCGAAGGCAGGACCUCGAGAGCCUGCUCCUGGAAUACCGCAUUGUUUUAUAAUUCCUAACAAAAGAGAGGGAGAGGGGAAGGUGAUGAUGCUGAGGAUGCGCCCGCGAUGGUGGAUUUCCCUUUUGUGCGUCUGUGGAUUGAUGCACGUCGGUCAACAGAGCAGCCCUAAUGCCCAAAAUGGAGACGCCUUGUCAAGCUUGAAGGCUAUUCGUGAUGCAGGCAGGUUCGCGGGGAAGGAGGACACAGUGCCUCUCCGCCUGCUCUACAGCAGACACAACCACAGCCAGAUCACAGAGGACGAGCUCAGCACCAGGGUUAGAGCCAGCUCCGGAUCCACGCAGGUGAACCAUGUGGCCCAGGCAAGCUUUCAAGUGGAUGCUUUUGGCAGAAAAUUCAUCUUGGAUGUGGAGUUGAAUCAUGAUUUACUGUCUUCGGGGUACAUGGAGCGGCAUUUGUCAGAGAAAGGGAGGCCAGUCAUCACCAAUGGAGGAGAGCACUGCUACUAUCAGGGGAAGGUCAGGGACUUUCCUCGCUCCUUUGUGGCUCUCUCAACUUGUCAUGGAUUACAUGGGAUGUUUUUUGAUGGCAAUCACACCUACAUGAUUGAGCCUGGAGGAUGGGGUAGCAGCGAUGGAGAUGUCCGCAUUCAUUUGAUCUAUAAAUCUGCAGGACAAGAGGGGCUUCAUGCUCUCCUCAACGGUGCACUUCCAGAACCCCCCUUUCCCAGCCCUCCUUUUCCUGGGUCAAAAGUUGUUCACACGAGAAAAAAGAGACAGGUUUCACAUACGUCAAGAAGUGUAGAGGAUGAGGCCAAAUACAUCGAGCUAAUGGUGAUCAAUGACCAUCUUAUGUACAAGAAGUUUCGGCUUUCCAUUGGGCACACAAAUAACUAUGCUAAGUCAGUGGUCAAUAUGGCUGACAUGAUUUUCAAGGAACAGCUUAAUACCCGUAUUGUGCUUGUAGCCAUGGAAACGUGGUCAGCUGACAACAAGUUUAACAUCGACGAUGACCCCAUGGUGACGCUGAGGGAGUUCAUGAAGUACAGAAAAGACUUCAUCAAGGAGAAAUGCGACUCUGUUCACCUCUUCUCAGGGAAUCGGUUUCACAGCAGCUGGGGAGGAGCUUCCUACAUGGGAGGAGUUUGCUCCCUGACUAAAGGAGGGGGAGUCAAUGAGUACGGUAAAACAGAUGAGAUGGCCAUAACGCUUGCUCAGUCUCUCGGUCAGAACAUCGGCAUCUUCUCUGACAAGAAGAGGAUCCUUAAUGGCGAGUGCAAGUGUGAUGAUCGAUGGUCAGGCUGCAUUAUGGAUGAUGUUGGCUUCUACCUGCCCAAGAGGUUCUCUGACUGUAACGUGGAGGAGUACCACAACUUCCUAAACAGUGGAGGAGGAGCCUGUCUGUUCAACAAACCCUUGAAGCUGUUGGACCCUCCGGUGUGUGGAAACGGCUUUGUGGAGCCAGGAGAGGAGUGCGACUGUGGCAGCCCAGCGGAGUGUGCCAGAGAGGGGGAGGCCUGCUGCAAGAUGUGCACCCUGACACAAGGUUCCAAGUGCAGCAAUGGACUCUGCUGCAACAGCUGCCAGAUGGAGUUCAUGGGAGUUGUGUGCAGAGAUGCAGUGAAUGACUGUGACAUCCCCGAAAACUGCACGGGCAACUCAAGCCAGUGUCCACAAAAUGUGCACAAGAUGGACGGCUACACAUGUGAAAAAGAUCAGGGUCGUUGCUUCAAUGGAAGGUGCAAAACCAAAGACAGGCAGUGCAAGUACAUCUGGGGAGAGAAGGCAACAGCUGCUGACAAGUUCUGUUACGAGAAGUUAAACAUCGAAGGGACGGAGAAGGGAAACUGUGGGAAGGACAAGGACACCUGGAUCCAGUGUAACAAACAAGAUGUUCACUGUGGCUACCUGCUGUGCUCCAACAUCUCACCUGCCCCACGCUUGGGAGAGCUGCAGGGAGGCCUGACCUCUUUCUCAGUGGCCCGUCACAGUGCUUCUCUGGACUGCAGUGGUGCUCACGUGGUGAUCGAUGGAGACACUGAUCUUGGAUACGUCGAGGACGGGACAGCCUGUGGGACAGACCGCAUCUGUUUCAACCACAAAUGUCUGCCAGUCCAGCAGUUCAACUUCAGCACCUGCCCGGGCACCACCGACAAGACCAUCUGCUCAGGACACGGGGUGUGCAGCAGUGAGCUGAAGUGUGUGUGCUACCUGGGCUGGGCAGGAGAGGACUGUAACUCCACGUCUCCUCUCAGUUUUCUAGUGGUGGGGCCGACUGCCUCAGUCUCAGGUAUCACCAGUACCAACAUCAUCAUCGGGGCCAUCGUGGGCUCCAUCCUCGUCCUCGCCCUCGUCAUGGCCGCCACAGCCUGGUGUUACAAGAGCUACAAGCACAGACGCUAUGUUGAGUCUGUGGUUCACAGAAGAUUCUGCCGACAAAUGCCCCCAGGUGACUAUGUCACAAAGCCAGGGGACACAGACUCCAUUUACAGCGGCAUGCCCCCUGGAGUCAGCACAAACUCUGGCUGCAGCUCCAAGAAGAGGUCAGCCUGUCAGUCCCUGCAGAUUUUCACCCUCACCUUCACUCCCUCCAUCCCAUCCAUUUCUCAGAACAUGUCACUGUUUGGCUUCAGAUCUAAUGGGCUAUCCCACUCAUGGAGUGAGAGAAUCCCAGACGCUAAACACAUCUCUGACAUCUGUGAAAACGGUCGACCGAGGAGCAACUCAUGGCAAGGAAAUCUGAGUGGAAAUCGCAAGAAACUGAAAGGAAAGAAGUUCCGUGCUCGCUCCAACUCCACAGAGACGUUAUCCCCUGCAAAGUCGCCAACUUCCUCUACAGGAUCUAUUGCGUCCAGCAGGAGGUACCCGUACCCCAUGCCCCCCCUCCCUGAUGACCACAGGAAAGGCAACAGGCAGAGUGCCAGGCUGUGGGAAACUUCAAUAUAACACCCGUGUUACCCACUCUGCAAAAGACCUUAAGGAACUACACUCGUGUCUCCUUUUCUACGAAUGAAAAACACAAAAAUGAAACAAAAUUGACUGUAAACAAUGAAACAGAGAGAGACCCCCCACUGGAUUGCAACUAGGCAAAGGUGUGUGUGAGUGUGUGUGUCCAAGCAUCUCCGAGGCUGUCUCGUCCGACAGCGUCAUUCAGUGGAUCUCUACUAGAAGGAGACGUCGGAGAAACCACUACAUCCACUCCAGGCCAGCUGGAGCUCAGACUGAGCUGUUCCUGUCCGCUCAGGCCUCCCAUACAGGACUGGAAAACCCUUCCUCUCCCACCCACCCCUAGCUUUGUGUCCUGACAUCUUAAACCCUGUCACAUCCCCCUUCAACCCCAUUCUCAUCACUUCAACACCACUGUUGCCCCUCCGUUGUUUGGAGCUCCUCUCUAAAAAAAAAGGAGACAGAGCAGGUCAUUGCAUCAAACUGCAUCGCUGGAUUUUGUUGGACGCACGUGAUUCAUUGUAGAAACUCCGACACUGUAUGCAUGAGACAACCCUGUGUAUCAGCAACCUCCUCCUACUGAAAAGACGAGAAGAACCGUUGUCUGAUCUGAAAGGAAAGCAUGCGAGGGGGCAGUGAUUUUAUGCCUUCUGUAGGCCUAGAUGCUUUCUCUCCACUAUAGGUAACCCAUAUCGUAUCACCAUUUAUAGACCAUAACCAAUAACAUGGACCCAACCUGACCCUGUCCGUUUUGAGCGUGUGUAAAUAUGUACAGUGAAAUACACACAGAGUAUGCUUUUGCUUUUAUUUUGAAGGGGGUACAAAAAUGGAGUCUCCUCUCUCCUCUUCCUGUCGUACCGUGUCGUAGACAGUUUCUGUAGGUAAGUGUAGAGACCCCGCACUCGUUCUUCUGUCUGUGAUUCUAUUUUCCGUCCUCUUUUCUUUCCUCCCUCUGGCUUCUUCCUGUGUGACUGUGACCUAAAUAGCUCCCUCCAUCCACAGCAGAAUGUAAACAUGUUUUUUUUUGUUAUCUAGGUACAGGUUUCAUCCUUAUCUGGGAGAAAUACACACAUCCAGACAUGAUUGAGGACGUAUUGGUGGAAAUGUGACUGUGGCACAUUGAGAGUGUUGCUGAAGCAGAGCUGAUGAGUAUUAUUUAGGGUCAUUUCAAUAGUUAAACAUGCCAUUUCUGAGUGAAAUUAAUGGACUGAGAUGUGUUUCGUGUAGUUGUAGGUGUGCCACUUUCACUUGUGUGGUUUUUGGAAGUUUUCCAUCGAUUAGUGUUAAGAAGUAUUAAGUUCUCAUGAUUCUAACUGGACUCCUGGGUCAUUUAGGUAAUGAGAAUGAAAGUCACCAAUGUGAAUGAGGUCGUUGGCCGAAAUCUGUGAGAAUCUGGAAUUGAAAAAUGUGCAUUUUGGAUUUAGCUGUAAUGGCAGAGAUAUUUAGCCUUGUAAAUGAUUAAACUAUGCUGUACAGUGCUUGCUGUUUGAGCUUGUGAAGACCAACAGCAUGACAGUUCUAUUUUAAAUUAAGUUAUUUCUCCAGGUAGGCUGUUUGUGAGACUGUAAUGGGAAAGAGCAUGAAAGACUUUUUUCCCUCAGUCAGCAAAGUCGGGACAAUUCAUGGGGAUUAAAAUGAUUGAGAAUGAGUUUUUGUGCUUUGACUGAUGCCUGUGUUGCUAUUUAAGGUGGAUUUAUCAGAAUUUUUUCUUAUAUCACUCCCAGAAGCAAGUUCUUUGUACAGUUAGAGCUCAGAUUGUUGUCUUAAGGCCUCCUGUUUGCCAUCCUGCUGUUGUUGAGUUUUUAUUCCUGUGUGAGCACUCUUUCAUUUGUAAUCCAUGUAUGAGUUAGGACUGUAUAGGUAAUACAACCUUCACAAUAUUGGAUUAAUAUUGCUACAAGUAUCUUUUUUAUCAAGUACCUUUGUAACGUCCACUUUUUUCUCAGCAUUAUGUACAGCAUUGAUUCAAACAGUAAUUAAGUGCAUUAUUGUGGUUAUGUGUGUUCAUGAGUUUGAAUGGAGACAUGUUGAGUUUUUCUAAAACACAAAUUUGUCCCCAGGCAAACAGCGGGGUCAUUCCUCUGGCAUGUGCUAAUCUGUAUCAUAUAAAGUUUGGACACACAUAAUGUUGUAAAUGAGAUGUGUACGGGCUCAUGAUUUGCCUUCUACCUGAGCCUUCUUCUUUGCUCUGGUCUUCUUUUAGUAUUGUCAGUGUUUAGAUGCCCAGUCAGGUGUCCUGGGCUACCCAAGGCUGUAGAGCGCAGUAUCUCAGAGUCCUUGAUUAUAUUUUUAACAUCAUAUAUCGUGCUACAGCGAAACAUUCUUUCCGGUGUCACGGACAUUGCACCGCUGAGGAGGGGACGCCACAGGCUACAGUGUUUUCUGUCAAUGUACAGCUGUCAAUUUUUCGAACAUAUCUGACUGUGUGCACAGUCGAGCCAACAGAUCCUGACUGAGGAUAAUUACGGCAAAAAGUCCCCACAGAUGAGCCGUGUGUCUCCAUCUGGGCAGAGACUUGAAUGUAUUAAGUGUACUGGAGAACACCAACCAACCAGUCUCACCCUUUCGACCUGCUGCCGGACACAUCAGCCCUCUGCUGCAGGAAGAAUGAGGACCCUACAUGUGCGAGUUCAAAACUAAAUACUGCAGUUGCUUUUUCUUUUUUUUCUUUAAUUUUUGCCUGUAUGCUGUACAGACUGAUGAUGCAAAAAUCAAUGCCAUUAUUUUCCUUUCUCCUAAUCAUUCAGUAUUGUAAUAUAUUUAAUAUAAAAUAAAACUUUCAUCAACA